AUGGAAAUUAAAAAAAAAAAAGAAACUAAUAAUAAUAGAAAAGUAAGUGAAUCUAAAAGCAAAUUAAGUGAUAUUUUGUUAAAGAAAAAUCACAUAGAGAAUUAUAUAAAUUAUUCAUUAAAGGAAAAUGAAAACUCGUAUAAACAAAACAAAAUAAAUAACAUGAAAGAUAAUAAAGUAGACAAAAAUGCGUUAGAAAUUCAAUUAAAAAAAUUAACUGAGCAUUUAUAUAGCUUAAAAUUUAAAUUAGAGAAAGAAAAAAAAAAAGAGAAAAAAAAAAAACAUUGUAUAAUUAAUAACAUAGAUGAACCCAAAGAAAAAGAUAUAACAACAAAAAAUAGAAAAGACCUAAUUAUUUCGAAAAAAAAUCAUGAUAUAACCGAGAGAGUUUUUCCUAAUGAUAAAUUAGUGCAUAAUAACACUGAAAGGGAAAUUUCAAUGACUAAAUAUAUACCAGAGUUAAUAAAAACUAUAGAAAUAUAUAAAAACAGAACUUUAGAAGAACAACGAAAUAAAAAAUAUAUCAUUGAAAAGUAUGAAAAUAUUUUAAGAAAUAUUAAAAAGCAGCAUAUCGAUGAAAUUAGUGAAAUAAAAAAUAAUAUACUUGAGGAUGUUGAUUUUUUAAUACAAAAAUAUAGAAAAAUAGCAUUAGAAUUACUAGAAAUUACUAAAAAGAAGGAAAAAGAAAAAAAAGAAGAGCAAAAAAAAAUUACUGAAGUAUGUAUAAAUGCUUGUAAGAAAUUUGAAGAAGAUGUAAAAAAUAAAGCAAAGAUUUCAUUAGAAGAGUAUAAAUCAUAUAUGUUGACAUUAAUAAAUAAUGUUAAAAAGGAAAAAGAAGCUUUAGAAAAAAAAAUUAAUGAAUUAAAAAAAAAGACGGAAGAAGAAAAAUGUCAUACAGAAAAAAGAGUAUUUCAUGCUUGUGAAAAUAAAAUAAAAGAAGAACAUAAUUUAAAUAAAGAACUUAAAAAUAGAUUAGUUCUUCAAAAAGAGGAACAAAAUGUUCUUAUAAAUAAUAUAUACUCAAAGGUUGAUAAACAAAUAAAAAUUUAUGAAGAAAAUAUUAUAAAAAUAUUUCAUAAUAUUUUAAUUAAUAACAAUAUUAAUAUGAGUAUAAGUGAAUUAUGUAAUUGCAUUAAAGAUACAAUGGAUGAACAAUAUAAAAAUGAUGAUUUAGAUAAUUCUAUUAAAAAUCAAGAUAAAGUAGAGGAAAAAUUGAAAAUAAAAUAUGGUUUUGUAUCUGUAUUUGAUAAAUAA